AUGAUCUUGUUCUUGGAAGGAGCGGCGCGCCCCUGGUGGCCGCUCGAGCGAUCGAGCUGCCAUGAGAUCAAAGAAGCGCAUCAUCGAUAUAGCCUUUCGUUGGCUGGAGACGGCGCGCUGGAUGCAAAAGCGCGUGAACAGGGUUCGAGCAUCUACAAUAUAGGGAGGAGGUGCCGAGCAGAUGGCGUGCGGGCUUGUCCUUUGCCGUUGCUGGACGAACACAUAGUGGACUUCUCCAUUGGCCUGCUAGAGAUAGCAGAGGAAUAUAGGGUACCAGUGUUUGGUCGCGGUCUUGUCCCAGCAGCGAACGCCAUCCACUGCACCAACGUAUUCGAAGUCACGGCAUAUGGCAUGUGUAGGCCUCUGCCACUGAGCACAGCCACCGCUACAGAUUGCCUCGGAGCGAGGAUUCAGGCGGCCAAAUCCUUCUGGCAGACUCUGUCCGGCCCUACGACUUCGUUGCCGAUGGCCUCAGAUGCCAACAUAAUACCUUCGAGACUUGAUCGACACACUACGAGGGGACACCAGGAACUAGGCCAAGAAGAGGCAGGAGCCGCUCAAGAUCGCUCUUGUCUGCAAAGCAGGGAUCACAUGCAUCGGUCCCUAGGCGUUCAAGACAUAUACUGGUCAUCUGGAACACCCAUAUCACGGACCGCCACCGUAGUUGUGAGAGUGGCUGAGAGCUCAACGAGUAGUUUGAGAACAACAGUAUCUUCAACCGGGAGGUGGCGCUGA